UCGGUUACGCGUGCGCCGACUUAAGAAGCGCCCCUAAAAAAGUUAUAUCCUGGCGGCAGGAUUAAGCGUCAAGUGAAAAAGUGUGACACAGAAAUUCCAGUGCCCACAAACAAAGUGCUAACGAAAAAAUUUAAGCUCUCGAAAAAGGCCAGAAUAAUUCCAUAAAAAAAGUGCUAGCCCUUGGCCAUUUUGCACAGCUUUCUUUUUUGGGCGGCGCUUUUCGGGGAAACUGUUUCGCUAUUGUGACAUUUUUUUGGCAAAGCAAAACGCAAUGGCGCCAAAGACGCCGCCAUUUUCGCAGCUCGACAAAAUGGCGACAAGGACAUCCAGUUGGCUCUGCCGCCUGCUGCUGUUCGGCUUUUGCAUUGGCGCCGCCGCCGCUCGAGACAUCCCAUCGCCAAUGGCCCAGACAGAGGUGGCCUUCUACUGUCCCGGAGAGGGUCUGUUUGCGGACGACUACGAUUGCCGGAUUUAUUACCGCUGCGAGCGGCGGACGGGCCAAUACAUUCGACCCUAUCUUUUGGCCUGUCCAGAAGAUGCAGUCUUCUCGCGUUCGCUGCGAAUGUGCCUGCCACCGGCGAUGGCUGGAAGGGACGAGUGCGUGGACCAGGUGAACGAGGUGGACGACGGCAGCAUGGAGAAGUGGGAGCAGGAUGACUACGGCCAGGACGACCAUAAUGCGAUGCUUAACCUGGCCGUCACACCUGCGGCCAAUGAGCUGCGAACCUAUGCGUCCACCCAUCGGCUGCCCACAAAUUAUGGCCUGGCAGGUCUCAGCGGUGUCUCUGUCAUAUCCUUUUCCAGCUCAUCGUCCCUGCGAGCUGUUGGCUCAGAGGAGGAGGACGGCGGUGCGGCAGUAAUAUGUCGGGAUGAUGGCUUCAUGAGCGAUCCCAGCGACUGCACCGUGUUUUAUCGCUGCAUCUCGAAUGGUCGGGGCUACAACAGAAUCGGCUUCCGCUGCUCCGAUGGCACUGCGUGGGACGAGUCCCUUCAGUCCUGCAACCACAUGUUUGACGUACGUGCCAACGGUGGCUGCCGCAAUCAGGCGGAGCCACAGAACGAUGGCUAUUACGCCGGCCAAACGUCAACACAAUCGUCGCAGUCCAGCCACCAGAACUCCACCUCAAGCAGCCAGCAGAGCUCAUCCACCAGUUCGUCGAGUUCCUCUCAAAGCUCCAGCUCUACGUCCAGUUCGACAUCUAACUCGAGCUCCAGUCAGGAGUCCUCCACAUCCAGCAGCAAUCAUCAGUCGAGCUCUACGUCUAGCAACAAUCAGGAAUCCAGCUCCGGAUCUAGCAACAAUCAGGAAUCCAGCUCGGGGUCUAGCAAUAACCAGGAAUCCAACUCCGGCUCUAGCAACAAUCAGGAAUCCAGCACGAGCUCCAGCAGCAAUCAUGGCUCAAGCUCCCAAAAUUCUGGCAACAACCAAUCCUCUAGCAGUAACCAGAACCAAAACUCAGGCGGCACUCAAAGCUCAGAAAGUAACCAAUCCUCAAACCAUAACCAAAACUCCAGCAACAACCAGAACCAAAGCUCUCAAAAUUCCGGCAGCAACCAAAGCUCUAGCAGCAACCAAAAUUCUGGAAGCAGUCAAAGUUCUAGCAGCAGCCAGUCCUCAAACAACAAUCAAAACUCUGGAAACAGUCAGAGUUCUGGCAGCAAUCAAUCAUCCAACAACAAUCAGAGCUCUAAUAGCAACCAAUCCUCUAGCUCCAACAGCAAUCAGAGCUCCUCGGGCAAUCAAACUGCCAGUGAAUCCAAUAAACCUGCACCCACUGAGUGCGAAGAUGAGAACACUUAUAUCCCCGACAAAGAAGAUUGUGCCAAAUUCUACAGAUGUCGCAAAGAUAAGGAUGGAAAAUUGGAACAAGUGCCAUUUACCUGUGGUCCCGGCACUGUAUGGAACCAGGAAGAUAAGGUCUGCGAUCUACCCAAUGAGGAUCAAAAGAAGAAGUGCAAUAUUCAAUCGGGUUCAUCUAGUGGUAGCAACAACUCUGGUAGCAGCGGCAGCUCCUCGAAUCAAGGCUCAUCUAGCAAUCAAUCCUCAAGCAACCAAAGCUCGUCUAGCAAUCAAUCCUCCAGUAAUCAAGGUUCGUCCAGCAAUCAAGGCUCCGCCAACAACCAAGGCUCCUCCAGCAAUCAAGGCUCAUCAAACAAUCAGACAUCAAGCAACCAAGGCUCAUCCAGUAAUCAAUCAUCCAAUCAAGGCAGCAGUCAAGGCUCAUCGAACAAUCAGUCCUCCAAUCAAAGCUCAUCAUCGUCUUCCACAUCCAACAACCAAAGCUCCUCCUCCAACAGUAAUUCAUCUAGCACUCAAACAACAACUUCCAAGCCUUCCAAUCCCGAUGGUGAAUGUAAGGAUACUGAAACAUAUUUGGCAGAUAAAAAAGACUGUGCCCGAUUCUAUCGUUGUGUAGAGAACGGCAACGGUGGCUUUAAUACGAUUUCCUUUGAUUGCUCUCCGGGAACGGUCUGGGAUCCCGAUAGUAGGGGCUGCAACCAUCCUACGGAUGUGCAAAAGGAACAGUGCAGAUCAAUGUCCAAUGGUAGUGGUAGCUCAUCAAAUCAGGGAUCUUCUUCGAACCAAGGAUCUUCCUCCAAUCAAGGUUCCUCCUCCAACCAGGGAUCUUCAUCAAACCAGGGUUCCUCAUCCAAUCAAGGCUCCUCCUCCAAUCAAGGGUCCUCUUCCAAUCAAGGAUCUUCAUCAAACCAAGGAUCCUCAUCUAAUCAAGGGUCUGCAUCCAACCAGGGAUCUUCUUCCAACCAGGGAUCAUCAUCCAAUCAGGGAUCUUCAUCCAACCAGGGAUCAUCCUCCAAUCAAGGAUCUUCCUCAAACCAGGGUUCCUCUGCCAAUCAAGGCUCCUCUUCCAGUCAAGGCUCCUCUUCCAAUCAGGGAUCUUCAUCCAAUCAAGGGUCUGCAUCCAACCAGGGAUCUUCUUCCAACCAGGGAUCAUCCUCCAAUCAGGGAUCUUCCUCCAACCAAGGAUCUUCUUCCAGCCAGUCCUCCUCUAAUCAAACGACGUCCUCUCAGCAAUCAUCUUCUUCUAACCAAACUUCGUCCUCAAGUUCUGAAGGAUCCUCAUCCUCUACCACACAAAAACCCUUUAAGCCCGCUGAGAAGUGCGAGAGUGAGGAAACUUUCCUGGAUGACAAAGAGAAUUGCUCCAAGUUCUACCGCUGCGUGGACAACGGUAAGGGUGGAUUUAAUAAAGUCUCCUUCACCUGUCCUCCCAACACUCUGUGGGAUCCUGAGGCCAACAGCUGCAACCAUCCCGAUCAGAUUCAGACCAAGCCGCUGAAGUGCAAAAAAGUGGUCAAUCAAGGCGGAUCCUCGACUAGCAGCAGCAGUUCCUCUUCAAACAACAGUGGAUCUUCCUCGAACAGUGGUUCAUCCUCUAACAGUGGCUCCUCCUCAAACGCUGGAUCAUCAAACAACAGUGGAUCUUCUACGAACAGUGGCUCCUCCUCAAAUACUGGAUCUUCAAAUAACAGUGGAUCUUCUUCAAACAGUGGUUCAUCUUCAAACAGCGGCUCCUCCUCAAAUACUGGAUCAUCUUCCAACAGUGGCUCAUCUAAUCAAGGCUCCUCGUCCAAUAGCGGCUCUUCAUCUGGUGCCAAUACAUCGGGAAGUGGAUCUACUUCUUCAUCAUCAUCUUCAUCCUCUUCAAGCAACAACAAUAAUCAGGGUUCGUCCUCAUCAUCCUCUAGUUCAUCCUCAUCAAGCAGCAGCUCAACCACAUCGAAACCAAAUCCUUCUGAAACCUGCAAGGUCAAUGGACAAUUUGUUGGCGAUCGUAAGGAGUGUAACAAAUUCUAUCGCUGCGUAGAUAAUGACAGAGGCGGCUUUAACAUGGUGGCCUUCAACUGCGGCCCUGGCACAGUUUGGGACGCCCAACUUCAGGCCUGCAACCAUGCUUGGGCUGUAAAGGAAUGCGGUGGCAUUGCUCCUACUCCAACCUCUCCUCCCCCUACCACAUCACGACCAUCAGCCACAUCCACAUCCAGACCUUCCGGCCCAACCUCCACGUCCAGGCCAUCAGGCCCAUCCUCCACAUCUAGGCCAUCAGACCAAUCCUCCACAUCCAGGCCCUCAGGUCCAACCUCCACAUCCACUCCUUCCAGUUCGUCUACUACCAGACCAACUACUUCCCCCCCAACAUCAUCACCUCCUACGCAGUCACCCAAUACUGAUGGAAAAUGUGCCUCAGAGGGCUUUAUGGCCGAUCCCAACAACUGCUCCAAGUUUUAUCGCUGUGUUAGGAACAACAAGGGUGGCUUCACUCCAGUUCCAUUCCAAUGUGGUGCUGGUACUGUUUGGGAUCAGGAUCUACAGACCUGUAACCACAAUUUCAAUAACUGCAACACUGGAACUGAAGCACCCACACCGAAACCUCCCUGUGAACCGACAACCAAUGGAACUUCGGCCACAGAGCUACCUACAACCACACCAACGCCAUCAAGCACUACGACUUCUUUACCACCAACAACAACAACAACUCGUUCGCCUUCCACGACAACAACACGUUUACCACCCACCACUACCACAGAAAUUCCAACCACCACAGGAUUGCCACCCACAACCACUACAGAGAUUCCAAUCAGUACCACAACUUCUGUGCCACCCAGUACAACAACAAUAAGUUCGGAAUCUGAGACCACAACGGUGGCACCAAAUUCAGAAACCACCACGUUAACGCCUCCCAUAACAACAACGAAUCAGCCAUCUACAACCACUAUGAAACCUCUACCAGCUGGCACUGAAUGCACAGGUGAGGGUUACAUGGCCGAUCCUGAAGACUGUAGAAAGUACUACCGAUGCAUCAAAGCUGGAGCCUCCUACAGGAAGUACAACUUUACGUGUCCAAAGGGUACAGGGUGGAAUGAAGAUGUCCAGACCUGUGACUACAUGGAGAACAUACCAAGGUGCUCGAAGUUACCGUCGACCACAAACUAUCCAGAGACUACAAUACCAAAUGAAGAGUCUAAGGAACCCGGAAGUACUACCCCACAGCCCACUACUAAUGAGCCCACAAUGGUGACAAAACCCAUCACAAAACCUACCGAAGAGCCAACAACGGAUAAACCGCAAAAACCAACUACGACCGAAUAUCCCGGAAAGCCAACUUCAACUGAAGACCCUACAACAGAAAGUCCGCAGAAACCGCCAACAACCGAACAACCCGGGAAACCUACCACACAGCAUACCACUACCACAGAUAUUCCCGGUUAUGAGCCAACAACAACAACUGUUGUGGUAGAAAAUACAACCGCUACUCCAGGUUAUAAGCCCACUACCACCGCUGAGCCCGUAACAGAACCCAUUCCAAGCACGAUACAACCCAGUACAACAACCACUGUUGGAGAAACCACGACCAAUGUUCAACAAUCCACUACCACACCGGAACCCACAUCAACAACCCCGGAAAUGCCAGAGGGUCCAACUACCACAAUUCAGCCUGAGCCCCAGCCGAACUAUAACUGCACCGCCGAAGGAUUCUUCCCCGAUCCCGAGGAUUGCAUGCGCUAUUAUCGCUGUGUAGAUGCGGCAAAGAAUGGAAAGUACCAGGUCUAUGCUUUUAAGUGCGGUAAGGGAACUGUUUGGGACACAUCCACCGAAACUUGCAAUCAUGCCGAUCAGGUGUCGGGCAAUUGUUCAUCUGGACAGACGACUUCAUCGCCAGGAACUACGGAAAGUACAACCGGUUCUGGUACCCCUGAGACAACAACCUCGAAAGUCCCCGAAACCACUGCCACAGGAGCUCCAGAAACCACUACCACAGAAGCUCUAGAAACCACUACCACAGCAGCUCCAGAAACCACUACUACUGCAGCUCCCGAAACUACUACCACAGGAGCCCCUACAACCACUUCCACUGGAACCCCCGAAACGACUACUUCCGGAAGCACUGAAACCACUAGCCCUGGAACAACUACAACUGAAACCCCUGAGACCACCACCACAACAGCCAAGCCAGAGACCACGACCACAAGUGGGGGAGAAACCUCAACCAGUGAGCCAACGACUGAGACCCCAACCUCUACAGAGAGCCCUACUCCAGGCUCCAAUACCACCGCACCUUGUCCAUCAACCGGUCCCGGACAGAAUGUGUACGUGUGUCCCACCGGAUUCCGCCAGCAUCCGGAGAAGUGUGGCAUGUUCUACCAGUGCAGCGAGAGUGCGGAUAGCAAUGAUCUAAACAUCGUGGUAUUCCAAUGCCCCAAUGGAACUGUCUACCAGGACAAGACCUGCAGCUGUGGCAAGCCCCAGGCGGGUGACAAAUGCUCCAAGGAUAUGAAGAGGACCACCAAUUUGUUCGAGCAGGAAUCAAAACUUCAGAACGUGGUACAAAUCAGCACGACGGCACCACUCUGCCCGGAUGAGGGUCACUUCGCGCUCAACGACGACCAGUGCGGCCAGCUGUUCGUGAAAUGUGGCUUCUCGGAGCUGACGGGACGCAUCGAGGGCCAGAUCCAUCGCUGUCCCCAGGGAUUCGCCUACUGGAAUGUGAGCCGGCGAUGCGAACCCGCCCGGAAGCUGCUCAACUGCACACCAACCACCUACAAUGUGGGCGGAAAUGUGCCGCUGGAGUGGCUCAACAUUGGCCAUAGACGCCGCAGCAUGCGCAUUUAAUUAGAUUUAGUCUAGAUUCGCUUAGUCGCCCGCCAUUGUUUGUUUGCUGUGCCAGCACUUGAUGGCCGGAUUAACCAAGCUUAUUCGAAUCGAGGAAAUUAGCUGGCACCGCAAACGAUCGAACAGAAGAGUUAGCUUAGGACGUAGGGAAAUUACAGUAGGUUAAGAACGGGUUUAGCCCUCCGAAAUCAAAAGUCUUGAAAGAGAAAUACGAAAAAUAUUAAAUUUAGAUGAACUUUAAGGACAACAACUUGUGAAUUUUUGAACAGAUUUAGAUAUACUUCUACACAUUUUGGUACAACUUUAUUUCUAUACCAAGAGUAUUUAAAUUCUCUCAAGAAACUAAAACUAAAUCAGCUUCAAAGAAGACAUAUACGAUGUAAAUGCUAAAUUUCCCCUAGUUUUGAUUGUUGGAGGGUUAAAUCGAUUCUUGGUGUCGGACUGCAAGACUGCACUUUACGCAUUUGGAAAGGAAACAAAAGGUUUUAUGAGUAGUCUUCCUAUAGUGGAAACAGGCACAGCCUUCACUACACAUACGUAAUGUUGUAGCUUUCAUGCAGUAAUUGUAUUUAUGUUUAGAGUUUAAACAUACGUUCUGAACGCCAUAUACAUAUAUAUAUAUAUAUAUCUUAGACUAUGCUUAAAGAUUAUAAUAAACUGAAACAUAUACAGAAAUCGUUGACGAA